AUGCUUCCGCUAAUGGAGGAAUCACCUGUGGCCGACGAUAAUGGCGGAUAUAGCGGCGGAUAUAACGGCGGCAUGUUCGCUCAGCAGACAAGCCCCGCGCCUCCCUUAUGGACCUCCCUAGACGCCAUGCACGGGCUGGACCACGAAGCUUCUGGGUUCCUUCCACUGGACGCAUCCGACGGAGACGAAUCGCAGCAGCAGCAGCAACAGUCGGACUACACCCACCACCACAGCCACCAGCCGUCGGAUCAUCUCAACGUACGGCGAGAUCUUCUCGAAGACGAUAACUUCGGCAGCAGCGAGUUCGACCCGUCGUCCGCGGCGAGCGGAGCGGGGGAGUGUGUGAUGCUGUACCAGGACGCGCAGAGGAGGGAGGAGGAGGACAUGGUGGGGAGCCUUAACCUCCGCAUCUCCCCGCAACCCGACGCUUCCGAUCUCACAUCGGCGCUUUUCUCCGAAGGCCAGGCGAGCAAUAACGGCGGCGGGGCGACGCUCGGCGGGUCGUCGUGGCAGCUGUGCGACAAUUUGUUCGCAGAGCCAAUCGUCGACUGCGGCGAGCUGCUCUCCGGCGACGGCGACGGCGACGAUCUGCUCGCGGCGUCCGCGGGGCACGACGAGGCGGAGCAGGCGGACGGCGGAAGCGGCGGAGAAGAAAUGGAGAUGAGGGAUCCGGCCGCUGCGUAUCUCACGCCGGAAAAGGCGCCGCAGAUGCCGGCUAGCUCGGACCCAGCGGAGGUGACAACGCCGGGGUGUGACAAUAGCGAGGGCGAUUUCAGCACGCCGCAGGUGCCAAGCGCGGGCUUCUCCCGCCCGCGCAGCCGCUGCCCCACGGAGCGGGGGCUGGCGCAAAAGGGCGCGCUCAUGACGCCGGCCGGCGGAGCAACGGCGCGCGCAACCCGCGAGAACCUGAUGCGGCGGCUGGGGCAGGCGGGCGGAGCGGCGGAGCCGUGGACCCCCGUGACCCCCGCGAAGGACGAGGCGGGGAAGCGGUCCCCCGACCAGCUUGCGCGCGUGGCGGUGUCGCUGGAUGCGGAACUCGGUCUGUUCGCGGACUCCCCGCCGCUGCUGUGGAACGGAGUGGCGCAGCAGCAGCAGCCCCAGGCGCAAGGGCAGUGCUUCCAGAUGCCCCAGUACCAGCAGCAACAGCAGCAGCAGCAGCAGCAGCAGCAGCAGCAGCAGCAAGUGGCGUUCAGCAACGGACGGAUGUUGGAAGCAUCGAGUUCUCGGACCAUGCCUGCCGGCGCCGUGCAGAGCAUGCUCGGCGCGCAGCAGCAGCAGCAGCAGUACGGGAUGGCGGGUCAACAGCAACAGCAGGGAUUGGCGGGGCAGCACGGGUUCUGUGCGACGCCCGGGGAAGGCGCGCACAUGCGCGCGGACCCCGCGGAGGCGUCCGACAUGUCGCUGUUCUUCGACAUGGAGCAGCAGCAACGACAGCCCCUGCCGUCGCCGCCGCAGCUCCAGCAGCCGCAGCAGUCCCAGCAGCAGUACCAACAGCAGCACUACCAGCAGCAGCAGCAGCCACAGCAGUACCAGCAGCAGCAUCAGAGCCGAGGGUAUCAGCAGAUGCAGCAGACGCAGCAGCAGCAGGAGUCGGACGUGGUUCGCGAUUUCCUCUCGUCGUCUCCAGACGGCGACGCGGCUCUCGACAGUUUGGUUCUUGACGGCCUGCCGUGCGACAGACGGCUGUCCGGCCAGAUGAUGCUGCCCAAGGAUCUGGCGUCGUUGAUGAACGACGCUGACGUGGACGCGUCUGCGGCCACGUGGCCGCAGCCAAGCAACAACAACGCUGUGUCACCUCCCCUAAGCAACGGCUACAACGCCGUCCGCUGCGCCCUUGCGCCUGACUAUGCCGCUGCUGGUGAUGAACCGACGCGCGCCCGUGCCCCCUGCCGCGCAGGUGGGUGGCGGUGCUUCCGCCCCUUCAAUGUUCCCCCAGAACCAGAACCAUAA